GGGCGGCUUGGGGGUUUGGGGAUUUGGGAAUUUCGGGGUUUGGGGCUCCGGGUGGCACCCCGCGAUUCGGGCCUGCCUGGUCCUUGCACCCCCCGGCCCGGGCUGCAGGGAAGCGCCCCGAGGUGCUUUCACACGCCUCGGGGGCGGGCAAACUCCCAGCCCAGGCCCUGCAGAUUCACCCGGCCCUGAGCCCCUUCCCAGCCCGUGAAACUCUCUCGCAGCUAAUGUCCCAGCCCGGCCGUGCAGCCUCUUCUCGGGCUGUACAGCCUCCGCUCCAGGCCGUAAUGCCCAGGCCAUGACCUCCUCUCCCAGCUCUCAUCCCUUCCAGGCUGUGAACCUCCUCCUGGACCCUGAACCCCCGCUAGACCAUGAGCCCUUCCCUUGAACCCCAGAACCCCCAUGCGGGCAUUAAACCCCGCCGUCAACCCUGCAACCUCCUCCCGGACCCGGAACCUUCCCGCUUCUAGUCCUGAACUCUCCCCCCCAGGCUGUGAAUCCCCCUCGCUGUGCAGCCCCUUCCCAGCUGGAACCCCCAGCCUGUGACUGCCCUAAACCUGCCUGAGGCUCUGAACCCCCCAAGGCCAUGAACCCCCUCCCAGCUGCCCUAAGCCCCCCUCCUCACCCCGCAUCCUCCCCCAAUACUGGGACCCUCCCCAGGCAUUGCACCCCCUCCCACUCCGGGUUAUAAACCUCCCCUUUCAGCCUGUAAAAUCCCCACAAAGGUCUUUGCUUACUCUACUCACCCCUGGGGGGCCAAAUUUGCUUUUCUGCACCUUCAGGAGCCCACCCAGAGUUGCAUGGAGGAUCUGAAGUGGGUGAACCCAGGGCUGAUCUCUUUGCAGGUCACCAGAAUCCCCCCAGAUCUGUUGUGGGGUGCAGAGCCAUGUUCGGCUCCUCCCGGGGCGGGGUCCGGGGGGGCCAGGACCAGUUCAGCUGGGAGGAUGUCAAGACGGACAAACAGCGUGAGAAUUACCUGGGGAACUCGCUGAUGGCGCCGGUGGGGCGGUGGCAGAAGGGCAAGGACCUGACCUGGUAUGCCAAGGGCAAGAAGGACACGGCCCCCCCGUUAUCCCGGGAGGAGGAGCUGGCUGCUGUCCGCCUGGCCGAGCAGGAGGCCAUGAUGGCAGCACUAGGCUACAAGAACUUGAAGAGGCAGCCCACGGGCCUCAGCAAAGAGGACCUGGCUGAGGUGUGCAAGAGGGACGGCGCCGAGCGGGACGAGAAGGACGUGGAUCGAGUGGUGGGUUUGGGCAGCUCCAGUGGCAGCGCUGGCAGGGUGAUGCUCUCCAAGGAGGACAGAGAGGCAGCCAAGAUGGGGCUCUCGGUCUUCACGCACCAGAGAGUCUCCAGCAGCCCAGAGACAUCUGGCUCCAAGAAGAAGGAGGAAAAGGAGGAGAAGGUGGAGGAGAAAGGACCUGAGAGCAGCAAAAAAUCCAAAAAGGAGAAAAAGAAGGAGAAAAAGAACAAGAAAAAGAAGAAACAUAAGAAGGAGAAGAAGAAGGACAAGGACAAACAUUCCAAGAAGGAUGCUGCCCCAUCAUCCUCCGAUUCUUCCCCAGAUCGGGAUAAAAGGCACCACGGCAGGAAAGCGCAGCAGCACGGGGCCCGGCGGCGGCGGGACUCGGACUCCUCGGCGAGCAGCGGCGAUCGCGGCCGCAGCCCCGCCCGCCCGCGCAGCCGGAGGGGG